UCCCCCCACAAAGAGGGUGCCUGGGGCUGCUGCCCUGAUUGCCCGCCCCCCCUCGGUUAUGCUACUGAACUAGGCUAAUAAUAAUAACAUCAAAAUAAUCCGUGCCUCUCAUACAUUUUCUGGACCAUUGCAGUUCCAGCAACACUACAAACCUACUCCAAAGAAAAGAAGGAAAUGACCAAAAAAGGGAUGGGAGGUAUUAGCAAUAAAUUGCUCACUGGAGACCUGUUUGGGUUUGGCUGGGAAGUACCUCCCUGUCUUCCAUGCACUGUAAUUUCUUAUGCUGUAUCUUUUCCCUUGUUGGGGCCAUGUACUCCAGGGGAGUUAUAACAGAAGUAGGGCUACUACAACUCCCUGAUCAAUGGGACAAAGGAAUAACUCUUGUGCUUCUUUUUGAUAAACAAACCCCUUUCAACACUGAAUUAGGGGAAGAGGGUUACUUCGACUCCAUGGAUUGAAGUCAAAGGAAGAUUUCAUAUAAUGAAUUCAAAUAAACAUGAUAAUUUUGAAGCUUCAGUCAGGAAUCAUAGGAUAGGAUCAUAGAAUUAUAAGAAAGUAGGGCAGGAAGUGACCUCUUGAGAUCAUCUAGUUCUGCCCCCUGCACAGAGGAGGAUCAUCACUGAUUAAAACCAGCCCAGCCAAGUGUCUGUCUAACCUAUUCUUGAAUAUUUCCAGGGACAGAGGUUCCAAAACUUCCCUAGGUAACCUGUUCUAAUGUUUGACCUCCCUCAUAAUGAGAAAGUUGUUCCUAAUCUUCAACCUAAAUUUCCUCUGCUGCAGUUUGAAGCCAUUGCUCCUAGUCCUGUCCCCUACAGUCACAGAUAAAGUUGUAGGGAUCUAAUUCCAGUGAAGAAAACAUGUAGCAGAGUCUCGCUCUACCAUUUCCCUCCCUUCCUUUUCUGGCCCCAAAACACUCAUGACAUACUCAUUCCUUCCUCUUAUAGUGGAUCAAAGAGGAUGACUGGCACAGGAGGCAGCACUGGUGUUGACACAGCCAUCACAGCCAUUGAUCUCUGGCCAAUGUAAGGCUAGCGUACACUGCCUUUGCAAUAUAUAAUUGAUUGAAUCUAUUCUGAGCUGGAUUCAUUGAUCUGCUAACACUGCCUUGCACCGUUGUCCAGAAUAUAUUCCAUGAAUCACCGCUUUUCUCUGUCCUUCAGGAACAACUAAACAAAGACAUAUAGCGCCCAAAGCUUUCUGCAUACUACGGCUAAAAAAUGUAAAUGUGCAGAAGGGAGGAAAUUCAAGCUAAGGGUUUUUGCUACAACCAUAAUUCACCACCUCACUCAUAUACCUUAGAAUAAAACCUACUGAUAUACGAGGCAAUACAAACCAAUACAUAUGUGAAGGGAGGCCAAGAACCGUUAAAUAAGAAAUAUAACUUCCUAUUUGUUGGUAAGUAACACUGAGUUAAAACAACAUUGUGUGAGCAGAAGAUUUUUGAGGGGUUGGUGUGGGUAUUUUUUUCUCCUUGGUUUGUACAUAAAAUAUUGGUAGUUUUUAGAAGAUACUAAGCCAAGUUCAUUGUAGUCAGUGGAGUUACACCAGGGAUGAAUUUGGGUCAUUGGGUUUUAGAUUUAUGGAGAAAAACUGCUGAAAUCAUGAGACUGCUUGAGACAGAUCUCAUGUGAGUCACAUGAACGCUGUUACUACUGACCUUUGGUGAAAAAGCAGCAAAGAGGCAAGAGAGACAUACAAUCUACUGUUUUUUCAACUGAAUUUAGGAGAACAUGGGGGAAAUUCUGUGUAUAAAAGCUCGGAAACCAGGAUGCUGUGGUUGCUGCUCAAAGAGAGAGGGCCCUCAACACCACCAGAAGCCCCAGCAUGUGGAAGUGGAGUCUACAUUGGAGCUCACAGGUCUAAACAAAAUGCCACGUUCUGUGACUUCAUUCCCAUCACCAUGGUUCCACACACUCCAGGUAGAGAGGUCUCGGAAAAAGAGUCGGUGAAGUAACAGUGAUCCUUUCCAGGAGAGAAAGUUCAUGGAGAGACACCAAUGGCAAAGACGAGGCCUCCCAUUUGGAACUGCCACAUCCUAUCUGCAUCUUGAGAAGCUCUGCGAAGGUUCUUAUUCUACAGUUUACAAAGGGAUCAGCAGAAUCAAUGGCCAAUUGGUGGCUCUGAAAGUUAUCAGUCUGGAAACAGAGGAGGGAGUGCCUGUUACAUCCAUUCGGGAAGCUUCCCUUCUCAAGCAUUUGAAACAUGCCAACAUUGUGGUCCUGCAUGACAUUUUCCAGACAACAGAGACUCUGACAUUUGUCUUUGAAUAUAUGCACACAGACCUGGCACAAUACAUGGCCCAACAUCCAGGAGGACUUCAUCCUCACAAUGUUAUGAUUUUUAUGUUCCAGCUUUUGCGAGGCCUGACUUACAUCCACAACCAACUCAUUCUUCACCGUGAUCUGAAACCCACAAACUUGCUCAUCAGUUGCCUUGGUGAGCUCAAAUUAGCUGACUUUGGUCUGGCCCGUGCCAAAUCUAUCCCUAGUCACACAUAUUCUUGUGAGGUGGUGACACUCUGGUAUCGUCCUCCUGAUGUGCUACUUGGAGCCACUGAUUAUUCCUCUGAGUUGGAUAUCUGGAGUGCUGGCUGUAUAUUUGUGGAAAUGUUGCAAGGUCAGCCCUUGUUUCCAGGAGUUUCUGGUGCUCUUGAACAACUGCAAAAGAUCUGGACAAUAUUGGGGGUCCCAAGUGAGGGCACAUGGCCAGGACUUUCCAAGCUUCCCAACUAUAAGCCAGAGAGGAUUGUCUCCAGCAGACCUCAGAGGCUCCGAAUGUUCUGUGACAGACUGGGCAGGGUGCCAGGAGCUGAAGACCUGGCAUCAAGAAUGCUGAAAACAUUUCCUAGAGAGCGGGUCUCUGCACAAGAUGCGCUUGUCCAUAACUUUUUCAGCCUUCUGCCUGCUCAGCUGCAUCAGCUUCCAGAUGCACAAUCACUGUUUACAGUCCCAGGAGUGAGGCUGCAACCAGAAAUCUGUGACAUAUUUGUUCCUCACCAGAAGCAUCAUCCCCAAGCCAGCUCCAGCAAGUUCUGGUGAAAUAUCAGAAUGAUCAACUUCCUUUUGGGGUUACAAGUAACACCUGUUGCUGAAAGAUCAUGGGGCUUCCCAGAAAUAACUACAGAAACAUCCAUUUUAUCCAGUUUGCUUACAUUUAGCGUUUGAGAGCAGUUUAUGCCUACUCCAGGAAUGCUCACCCUGCAGCACACAGAGCCAUGACGUCAGGCCUGCAAGGACUCCCCACAGGUUAUAAAAUUUGGUGGUAGAGGAGCAAUGGAAGUACUGUUUCCAAAUUCCCACGCCCCACAUGGGAGGUCAGAGCUGGGCCAUGCCCCCUCCCCCCUGCAUGGCCAGAUUGGGGUUGGGCCACACCACCUCCCCCCAUGCAUCCAGGUCACACCCUGUUGUCCCCCACCAAUGGAGCCAUGCUCCCUCUACCCCACCCCGCUGUGGGGCUGGGUUGGGGCCGGGCCAUGCCCCCUCCCCACCAUGGGACCCAGCUAGGCCCCUUCCCUCCCCUGCAGGGCUGGUCAGGACUGGGACACGUCCUCUCCCCCCACAUGGUCAAAUUGGGACCAGGCUGUACCCUGUACCUUUGCAUGGCCAGAUGGGGCCUCAACAUGGCCACCUGGGUACUAAAUUGAGACCACCAGCUGGAUUUGGUCCAUAGGCAGACCAAGCACUGCCCAUCCAGCCCACUGGGGGAGAAGGUUGGGCACCACUGGUUUGGCCAGUUUCACAGGUUUCUUUGCGUAGUCAGAGGGGUCCUGGAUCCAUAAACACAUGUAACAUUCAAUUCCACUGAAGUCUCUAAGCAUAGCCAGUUAAGUAAAAUUAUGCUCAUGCUUUAGUGUUGGCAGAAUCAAUGCAAUACAUUUUUCUGCUAAAGCUUCUGUCUAAUGCAUUUGAAAGCUUGUCUAACUUCAUCCCAACUAUGCGGUUGGUCCAAUAAAAGA